AUAUAAUAAUUUUUAAUUUUUUUUAUUAUAAUAUUGGAGAUCAAGAAGGAAGUUACAUUGGAUUGUGGGUAUUCAUGUUAUGUUCUGGUAGAGAAAAGUAACCUUAACGAAGGACGACUAAGAUUAGGAAAAUGAAUCACCUUUCGACAACAAAGUGCUUUCUUCUGUGUUGGUCUUUAUGCCUGUUACAACUCCAGACAACUGCAGACUUACCAUCGGUGAACUUUGGCCCGGAUGUGAGUUUCUCCGAAGGUGAAGGCACGGUCUCUGUGAAUUUGACAGUGGAUAAAUUGUUCACUGUUGAGAAUCCUCUAAGCGUGACCGUGAUAACAGUGCCUGGAAGUGCGACGGCCGCAGACUAUAACUUUACGUCACCACUGACUGUCCAAUUUCAAAAUUCAUUGACCGUUCAGGUCGAGUUUACAAUCGUCUCUGACACAUUAAAAGAGCCGAGAGAAAGUUUCCUGUUGGGGCUGCUUGGAGACCGUACCGUAUUCAAAUCCACGAAGGGCACAAUUACUAUCACGAUAAUAGACGAUGACAGUUCGGGUACUUUUGACUGUCGUCGGCGGGGACAAAAUCUUUGUCAGAACAACGCCAGCUGCGACUCACAGGGUGUCUGCCAGUGUCCGGCGAAAUAUGAAGGAUACAAGUGCGAUAUCGACAAAUCCACUGUUAAUUCUGGCAAUUGUAACCCGGCCUGUGUUUCGGGCCAGUGCGCCGCGGACGGCGCUACUUCAAGAUGCUACUGCGACGCCGAACAUCUCGAUGAGGGUGUGUGUGACACCGUUCGAUACAAGGCGAAAUGUGAUUCGGCCGCCAUGUCGAUCAACAUCGUUCCGAUUGGCUCGUUCCAAGGCCUGAUCUACGUGAACGGACACGACAGCACGUGCUUGUUCCAGGACGUGGGCACUCUGACCGGGUUACCCGCAGACUACACGUCUGGCCUGGCUCGUGUGAUACCGCACACAGAUACCAACUGCGGGAACGCCGUGUCGAAAUCAGGGAACGGAAAGAUUCAUAGGUCUCGGAUCAUCUACGUCCAGUAUCACCCUGACUACACGUCCGCCGUUGACGAGGUUGUGGAGGGGUUAUGUACGUACGACACCAGCCAGACCGUCACUUUCGAGAACGUCUUCAACUCCGUCCUCCCCGCAACCACAGGAGGAAACGGCCAGCAGGGUGCUAUUCGAGUGACGGCUGGGGGCGAUUUGAACCCCCUAAAGCUGAAAAUUUUAAAAGACGGACAAGAGGUCACCACAAGCACCCCUAUCAGAAUCGGUACCAUGCUGACGUUGGAGUUGAAUGUCUACCCGGCAACAGAUUUUGAGGAUUUUGUGAUUGAAUCGCUCACCAUUGACAACAACAAGCAAGGGGCGAAUCAGAAAAGCCUUCCAGUCAUCACGAAUCGUUGUCAUGUAGGAGGAGAUAUCACCGGCAUCAUCCCCGAACCCGUACGUGAUCAAAACAGCUUCAGAACCGUCUUUACGUUCAUGACCAUCAAGUUCUCCAAGUCUGACGAUCUCAGAAUAAUAUUUGAGGCCAAGAUGUGCCUCAAAGGAGAUACCACGGGAUGCACGGCUGUGUGUAAUCAGAGAAGACGCCGAGCGAUCGAGUCACGUGACACGAAGACGAUUGAAGUGGUUAUGAAGAUCUGGGACUAUACAGAUAACACAGAGGACAAUAAGAACACCGACCAGCAACCAGACGGAUCUCAAAACGAAGCGGCUCAAAGCUCCAACCUGUUUGGCAUGAGUGACGGAAUCCUUGCCGGCGUCAUCGUGCUGUCCGUCGUGAUCGUCAUCGUGAUCGUCGCCGUCGUCGUUUUCACUUAUCGCGUCCUACGCAAGAAGAGAGAGAUGAAGGAACCCGAAAACUAUUACUAAUUUGUGUGUUCACUCGCAGCGCCACUUCGACCAUCAUGAUUACAAACUGUUUAAUUCCCUAUUGUAUCAUUGUAUGUAACAGAUGAAAAUAACUGUUGAUUUUUCUACUUAAUUUUCGUUUUACUUAAAGGUGCAUAAUCCCAUCACUGCUUCGACCUGUGACCACCAUGAUUUAGAAACUCUUUUAUUGUAUUCCCGAUUACCGUAAAUCCUGUAAUAGAAGGCUAGGUGGUGUUGUUGUUUGUUUUUAUGGAGUUGGGGGUUUGGUGUUUUUUCUUCUUUUUCUUCUUUUGGGGGGGGGGGGGGGGAUGGGUGGGGGUGCCGACGCUUUGAGACCCGGUCUCUGUUUAAGACAGACUUCUAUUUUUCUUUCAUACAAAAUUUUCGAAAAUAGUGGUAAAUUAUUUUUAAAAAAUAACAAAUUUAAUCGCCUAUCACACAUUCUUUUGUUUAUAGAUUGUGUGGUAUUGAAGAAUAAGAUUAUUAUAUGAAAGAACUUUUAUUAACAAAAAAAACAACAAACCCCAUAAGCUUUUGACGUCGUACAACGGAAGUGACAAGUAUUACCUGUAAUUAAUCUGACUAAGCUAGAACAGAAGAGACAGGCGUCAAAGUAAAGAUGGCCUCUAUUCGAGGCAGGCCUCUAUUGAAGGGUGUACUGUAUCUCAUUGUAUGCUGAAAUUAACUAUGUAGAUUUUUCUACUUCACUUUUGUUUUACUUAAUGGUGUAUAGUCCACUUAAAAAUAUUGUUGUCUGGCAUCUCUGGUUUAAACGUACGUUUUAAUUUAUUGCUUAGAAUAAUAUCUGUUUGUGUACUCCUUUGUAUUCUUGGUUGUCGUAAUGUCUGGUGAAGCUCGGUUCAGUUAUUUCGUGCCCACUGGACUGAAUUAAACAGCUUUUGCACUGGCUAAAUAAAUCUUAAGAACAUUUCUCGAUAACAAUGGUUGAAACAUAUGUACAGCUUACUUAAUUGCUUACAAUAAUAUCCGUUUGUGUAGGCCCUGUGUGUUUUUGGUUGUCGUAAUGUCUAUUGAAGCUCACAACAGUUAUUGUUUGCCCACUGAACAUAAUAAACAUUUUUUACCCUGGCUAAAUACAUCUAACAUUAUUGCAUUGUAUCUCGGGUUAAAACUAGUUUAAAUUAUUGCUUAGAAUAUUCGUUUAUCUACGACCUGUGUGAACGUAGUUGUCGUAAUAUCUUCAGAAGCUAAGGACAGUUAUUUCUUGCUCACUGGCCUGAAUUAACCAGUUUUUGCCAUGUCUAAAUAAAUUUAAGAACAUUGCGCUGUAUCUCUGGUUGAAACUACAGUUUCAUUUAUUCCUUAUAAUAUUCGUUUAUCUACGACCUGUGAACGUAGUUGUCGUAAUAUCCUCAGAUGCUUAGGACAGUUUUUUCUUGCUCACUGGCCGGAAUUAACCAGCCUUUGCACAGUCACCCUUAUGGGAAUAAUAUUCAGUGUAGAUAACUUGAUAUAUUUGCGAAGUUUCUGAUCCAUGUCCUAUUAUUUCACAUAAGAUAUUUUUAACAAAAUAUAUGUUAGUGGAUUGAAGCUUUGAACUUUAUGACGACAUUAUUAAUUUGGUUUGUCUCUACACAAUGUUUAUGGUGCGUAUUGUUCAAAUAGUUUGUAGACGCAGUAUGUGCAGCGUCAAGAACGAAAGAGUGCUUUUAGUUUACAAAUGUCUUCUUUUUGUAAUUAAAACAGCAAGAAUAAAUAUGAUGUUAAAAAAUGGUUGAUUUAUGUAUCUAGAAUUGAAUGCUAAAUCGUGUUUCAAAAUGUCUUUAUUCCAAGAUUAAUUCGAGUUGCGUCCCUUUUCGGACUGUUAUAAAGAUUGAACAUAUUUCAAACUUUAGGUGGUGAAGAUGUACUCGUUUUAGUAAAAUGACGCCAUAACUUCAAUCAUAAGGACAAUUCUCUUCUUCCUCGGCAACAAAUUAAGCUUUUUCUUGUUUAAUUGCUACAUAUUUUUAUAUUUAUAUGUUCGGGGUAUGUAAAUCUAUAGAGGCGAGCUUCCUACAGAAUACAAUGGGAUUUGAAAACAGGUAUGAUAAAAUUGAAACUGAUUCCCUGUGAAAAUUGAUGCUUAUUAAUUUUUAAACAAAAUCUUCAAAUCUCUUAAAUUUCAUAUGCCACCCCAUUUUCUUGAAGCUGUAUUAAAUGUAUAUAGCUUUCACGCGUUUUGUUUUAUACCGUCAGGAUAUGUUGAUAACAGUUUUAUUUGUUAAAAAUGAUAACAUCGUCGGCAAUGAGAACUGUUUACUUGUUAGCUUAGAAAUGCCCUUUUUUUUCAAUCCGAAGAAGGACAUAACGUUAUUACUGUGUCGGGAUUAUUGUUACUGCCCCACACACACCCCCCCUCCCCCGUUAUUUACGACUAUAUGCUGCCCUGUUCAUAUCAAGUUAUCUUUCUAUAACUAUAUGUUUAUUGUGUUUGCUAUUUAAUAUAUUAGACGCUUAUAUAUGUCUCUUUCUUGCAUUUCAUAAAAUGGGUUUCAAACCAAAA